UUGCCAUGGAGACCGCCGGGACGCGGCGCGGCCUGUAGCCGGAACAGGGAAGCGCCGGGGCGGGACCCUUCCUGAAUCGCCACCCCCGCGGCGGUACGGGCCUCCCUCGCCUGCCCUCCACCCCUCCUCGGUGCUCUUGCCUCCGGUCUGCCCUCCUCCAGCGCUGCUCCUUUGCCAAGUCCGAGCGGUCCCUGCCCCGAGGGAGAUUUUCUCUGGGUCAAGAUGUCAAAGGAGCAAGAAGAACGGGAUUUGCAGAAGUUCCUCUGCGAUGUGGAUGACAUUACUAACUUGAUUCAAGGCUUGAAUUCUGCAGAUCCUGCUAUCCAGGAAAAAGCCAUCACAGAUACAGAGAAAAGACUCAGCUCCACAACGGUCAAAAAUGAGAACAAAUGCAAGACCAAGGUAGACAGAACACUCAUCAACACACGGAGUAUGGGCUUGCCAGAUCAGGAGGAAAUGAUGAAUCCAGAGAAUUUCUUGGCUGCUGUAGAAAAGGAUGCCCAAGAGCGAGCAAAGCGAAGGAAGGAAAAUGAAGCCUUAGCAAAUGCACUGAAAGAAAUGGGGAACGACGCUUUCGGCAAAGGGGACUAUGCACUGGCCAUCCAGAAGUACACAGAGGGCCUGAAGAAGCAGAAAGACAUGCAGGUGCUGUACACCAACAGAGCCCAGGCCUACAUCAAGCUGCAGGAGUAUGAAAAAGCCAUCAGUGACUGCGAUUGGGCUCUGAGGUGUGAUGAAAAAUGCAUCAAAGCCCUCUUCCAUAUGGGGAAAUCAUACUUGGCCCUGAAGCAGUACAGUCAGUCCAGAGAGUGCUACCAGAAAAUUUUAGAAGCUGAUCCCCAUAAAGAGAAGCUGUGCAAAGAUUGCAUCAAUGAAAUAGACUUGGACGAAAAAAGACAAUGUGAGGAGGAAAGAGCCAUGGAGGAGUUGGAAGCCGGAAGGCAAACGGCUGUGUCUGUGAACCAGUUGCUUCAGAAACUCAACAGGCCUGAUGAGAACAUCCUCUACUACGCAGGUGGGAUCCAGCUUUUGACAGGUGUCAUACGAGACUGCACGGAGCAAACCUUAUUUAGGACAAACAAUGGAUUCAGUAUCAUCAAUGACAACGAGGUCGUGCGACGUGUCUUCUGCACUAUGGCAAAAUCUCCGGCCGAAGUGGAAUUCUCCAUUUCUCUCCUCCUCCUGUGGCAAGCAGUCUGCAAAGGGAAUGAGGAGAACCAGCGCCUGCUUCUCACCCACCCUGAUGUCAACGUGCAGCUUCCCGCUCUGUUGCUUUCCGAGUUUCCUGCAAUCCAGGAGCAGUGCUUGGCCCUGCUGUCUCUCUAUGUGCAGACCGAGAAUGGGAGGCGCCUGCUGGUGCGACACCUGGACCUCACCAAGUGGCUGCAGACCUUGAUGUCCUUCAUCAGUGUCUUUGACCGCAGGGCUAGCUGUGCCAUGGACCUGCUGACCAGCUUAAUCGUGGAGGACAAGUUCAGAAUCCAGUGCCGCAUCAAACUCUCCACGGAGGUGUUGCCACUAUUCACACAGUUGCUGAGUUCUGUCAAGACGGUGAACCGGCCGGCCCUCACACAGUGCAUCGCCGCCAUGGGAGACCUUUGCUCUGACCUGGUCAUCCGGAUGCAGAUGGCUGAAAGCCCGGAAUGCUGGCAGGCCUGCCUGAGCCUGGCGGAUGAAUGCUGGCCUGGAGACAAUAUCACCAGAUAUCCCGAGUGCCUCUAUGCAGUACUGGGCUUCAUGAUGAACCUCUCCCUGGAACCCAAUUUGACCAUUCAGGAGCUUGCAGAAGGAAUCUCUAGCAAAUCCUUGUCCCUCCUGGGCAAUAAAGAUGGAAGAAUCGUGACACGAGCAGUUGGGCUUUUAAGCCACAUCCUUCCGGCGAGUCCGGUGGCAGUGGAAGAGGCCGUGAAGCAAGGCGUGGUGAAGAAAAUGAUCCAGUUUCUGAAGGCAGGUGGGCAGACCACCUCUGUCUAUGCGAUGAAGACGCUCGCGGUUUGCACCAGAAGCAGCCAGCAGGCCCAGGAGCAGGUGGUGAAGCUGGAUGGCAAAUGUAAAAUGCUACUGAAACUCCUACGCUCAGAGAACGAGGUGGUGGCAGGAAAUGCUGCUUUCUGCCUUAGGAAAUGCCUUGAGGUGCCUGGAACUGCCACCAAUUUGCUAGAAACGGACGUUGUGAGGAUUCUGCUGAGACUCGCCAGCAGGGAUUCCCAGAAGACCAUGGUGCAAGAGAAUGCAGCAGUUGCUUUAGGGAAGCUCUGUUCAACUGAUGCCAGGCACACCAGUCGGUUGCGGGAGCUGAACGGGAUGGCAGUCCUCAAGGACUCGGUGAAGCAUGUGCAAGGAGUUUAGAGCCUUUCGGAAAUUGCCCUAAAGCCUGUUUACUGCAUCUGCUGUAUCUCUGCUCGGGAACGAACCUUUCUUUUUGUAAUAAAGAGAACUGAUGGAAACACA